AUGUCUCGACGAAUUUUCGACCUCACCAAGCUGGACGCCAAAUGGACGGCCAGGUGGAAGCGGCAGGGCUGUUCGCUGAACCCACGCAGGAAGGUGGCCCCCACAAAGGGCAAGAUCUACUCCACCGCGAUGUUCCCGUACCCCUCGGGCAUUCUCCAUAUGGGCCAUCUUCGAGUGUACACUAUAGCCGACGUGCUGGCCAGAUUUUACCGCAUGCAGGGAUACAACGUGAUCAAUCCCAUGGGCUGGGACGCCUUUGGACUGCCCGCGGAAAACGCUGCCGUCGACCGCAACGUGAGCCCGGAGAAGUGGACAAAGCUGAACAUCUCGAAAAUGAAGGUCCAGAUGGAAGCCAUGCUGGCCGAUUUCGACUGGGACCGUGAGGUUACCACGUGUGACCCCGACUAUUACAAGUGGACGCAGAAGCUGUUCUUGCUGAUGUAUGAGCACGGCUACGCGUACCGCAAGAAGGCAGAGAUCAAUUGGGAUCCUGUGGACCAGACGGUGCUCGCCAACGAGCAGGUUGACUCAGAGGGCCGUUCGUGGCGCUCGGGCGCGGUGGUCGAGAAACGGCUGCUUGAGCAGUGGUUUCUGGGCAUCACGAAGUUUGCCAAAGAGCUGAAUGCCGACCUCGACACCUUAGACGAGUGGCCGGCUAAGGUCAAGGCCAUGCAGCGCAACUGGAUCGGAGAGAGCAAAGGAGCCGAGAUUCGGUUCCAGGUCGGCAACGAGACCACCUCUGUGUACACGACGCGUGCCGAGACGAUCUUCAGCCUGCAGUAUCUGGCUCUGGCAGCAGACCAUCCAAUUGCUACCAAAGUGAAGCAGACGGCGCCUGAGCUUGCUGAAGAGUACGUUACGGGCGUGAAGUUGCCACUGGAGGCCACCAAUCCGGUCACAAACGAGAAGGUGCCUGUGUUUGUGGCGCCGUACGUCAUUUCUGGCUACGGCCACGGCGCAGUCAUGGGAUGUCCUGCGCACGACGCCAGAGACUACGAGUUCUGGAAGAGCAUGGGCGAAACAUCGAUCCGGCCCACUGUUGAGCCUGAAGACAGCUCUUUGAAGGCCGGUGAGCCGUAUUUCGGCGACCGCGGCGUGAUGAACGCAGGUGCCCAGUUUCUGGCUGGCCUGCCUGCUGCCACGGCCCGGGAAAAAAUUGUCGCGCAUCUGGAGAGGUGCCAGCUCGGCCAAAGACGCACAACCUACAGACUGCGCGACUGGCUGGUCAGCAGACAGCGUUUCUGGGGUGCUCCAAUUCCGAUGAUUCACUGCAAGCGGUGCGGCACGGUUCCGGUUCCGGACGAGCAGUUGCCUGUGUUGCUGCCAAAAGUCGACAAGCUUCUGGGCCGCGGCGGGUCCCCGUUGGCACAAAUCCCGGAGUUUGUCAAUGCGGAGUGUCCGUCGUGCGGAGCCUCUGCCCGUCGCGACACGGACACCAUGGACACGUUCAUGGACUCGUCGUGGUACCUGUUCCGGUACCUGGAUCCGCACAACGAGCGGCAGCUGGUAGACCCCAAGGUGGUGAGUCCGCUUUUAAGCGUGGACCAGUACUUGGGCGGCGUUGAGCAUGCCAUAUUGCACCUUCUGUAUGUGCGGUUUGUCAGUAAGUUCCUGAACAAGAUUGGCUACUGGGACGGCAGCGCCGUGAACGGAGAGCCGAUCACAAAACUUGUGAGCCAGGGAAUGGUCCACGGCCGGACCUUCACAGAUCCAGAGACGGGCCGUUUCCUGAAGCCGGACGAGUACGAGAUUCUGUCCGACGGCAGGGCUGUGAUGAAGGAGAACGGCAGGACAGCGGUCACGUCGUUUGAGAAAAUGUCUAAGUCGAAACACAACGGCGCCGACCCGUCGGAGUGCAUAGUCCGGCACGGAGCAGACGCCACCAGAGCACACGUGCUGUUCCAGGCUCCAAUCGAGGACGUUCUGAACUGGGACGAGGACAAGAUUGUUGGUGUUGAGAGAUGGCUGAACAAGGUGUUAUCUAUUGCUGAUAGGCUGCGUGACCGUUUGGAAGCGUCUGUGCAACCAAAACCAACAGAUCAGUACAGCGAGUCCGAGAUCUCUGUCCACAACGAGUGUCAGCAGCUUCUGCGGUCCAUCACGGACUCUUUGGGCAAGUCACUGUCGCUGAAUACAAUGAUAUCAGACUACAUGAAAUACACCAACAGGAUCUACAGCGAGCUGAACAAUACGGACGUGUCCACGGCUGUGCUCUACGUUUCCUAUAUGGAUCUUCUUAAGGCUCUGUGUCCUGUGGCGCCUAGCGUGAGUGAGGAAGCAAACGAGGUACUGCAUCCGUGGCCAGUUGAGUCUGUUUUGGCAGCCGAUUGGCCGGAAACGAGGCCGCUUGUUGCUGCUACCGUUCCGUACACUGUCAUGGUGAACGGCAGAAUGAGGUUUGUGUACCACGGACCAAAGAAUUUGAUAGACGACAGGGCAGGGUGCAUCUCCCAGAUUUUGGCCACUCCGGAAGGACAAAAAUGGAUUGGAAACCAAAAGAUCAAAAAGGUCAUUCUCAAACCCAAAACGCUGGUUUUCAUCUUGGAAAAAUAA